AUGAAUAUACUAUUUAAACCUUUAAAAAUGGGAGAUAUGCUUCUACCUAACAGAAUAUGUAUGGCAGCUUUAACAAGAUAAAGAUGUGAUAGUAAUGACUUAAUCCCAAAUGAUUUAAUGGUUAAAUACUAUACUUUAAGAGCAGAUUCUGGAUUCAUGUUGACUGAAUGUGUUCCUAUUUCUGAAAGAAGUUUAGCAUUUCCAGGAUAACCAGGAAUAUAUACAAAAGAAUAAACAUAAGGAUGGAAAAAUGUUGUUGAUAGUGUACAUUCAAAAGGAGGCAGAAUAAUAGCAUAGAUUUGGCAUGCAGGAAGAGCUUGUCAUUCAUCAUUUUAAAAUGGAUUAUAAGUUUGGGCUCCAUCAGCAAUUGCUCCAAGAAGUAAGGUAAGAAGAUCAUAAUUAUUUCAUGAAAUACCUCAUUAAAUGAAUAUAGAUGAUAUAAAAUUAGUCAUUUAACAAUUUAAAUAAGCUGCUAUUAAUUGUAAAGAGGCAGGAUUUGAUGGAAUUUAAUUACAUUGUGGUACUGGAUACUUGAUAGAUUAAUUUCUAAGGGAUAGUGCAAAUAAAAGAAUAGAUGAAUAUGGUGGGACUAUAUAAAAUAGAAGCAAAUUUUGUUUAGAAGUCAUUGAUGAAAUUAUUAAAAUUUAUGGAAAUGGUAGAGUUGGAGUUAAAAUUUCUCCUGUUGCUAGAGUAAAUGAUAUGUGUGAUUAAGAUCCACUUUCAUUAUUUUCUUAUUUAAUUUAAGAGUUCGAUAAAAGAUAAUUAGCUUUUAUUGAAUUAAGGGAUGAUAAUGAUAUUGCUAAUUAUUCAAAUUAUGGAUAUCCUGGAAGCAAAGAAUAAAUACCAGAUUUAUUUUAAGCUUUUAGACCCUUAUUUAAAGGUGUUUUGAUAGGAAAUAUGGGCUAUACUCCGGAAACUGCAAUUAAAAAUAUUGAAGAAAAGAGGUUUGAUGCUGUUACUUUUGGAAAAUUAUUUAUAUCUAAUCCAGAUUUAGUUACUAGAAUUCAAAAGAAUUAUGAAUUAAAUUAUAAAUGGGAUGAAAGUACUUUUUAUACAAAAGGAGAAAAAGGUUAUUUAGAUUAUCCUUUAUAUGAAUAAAUUUAAUAAUGA